UUCUCCUUCCGGUGUUCCCCUAAAAUAAGUCCGACUCCGCCUCCCUGGGUGAAAGUUCACUUCGGUGACUGGGUUACUGUGUCCGCAACUUUAUACCGUUUCAUCUAACAUGUCUGGGCGGGUUCUCGUUGGAGUCAAGCGUGUCAUUGACUACGCUGUCAAGAUCCGUGUGAAGCCUGACAACACUGGCGUGGUGACUGAUGGCGUCAAGCACUCCAUGAACCCUUUCUGCGAGAUCGCUGUGGAGGAGGCGGUCAAGCUGAAGGAGAAGAAGCUCAUCAAAGAGGUGGUGGCGGUGAGCUGCGGCCCGCAGCAGACACAGGAGACCAUCCGCACCGCCCUGGCCAUGGGAGCUGACCGCGGCAUCCACGUGGAAGUGUCUGGGAAGGACUAUGACAACCUGGGACCCCUACAGGUGUCCAAGAUCUUGGCUGCUUUGGCCAAGAAGGAGGAGGCUCAGCUUGUGAUCCUUGGCAAACAGGCCAUAGACGACGACUGCAACCAGACUGGACAAAUGACGGCAGCCUUACUGGAUUGGCCUCAGGGGACUUUUGCCUCAGAGGUCACGCUGGAAGGUGACAAGAUGAAAGUGGUGCGAGAGAUCGAUGGCGGCCUGGAGACCAUCAGGAUCAACACCCCCGCAGUGGUGACGGCAGACCUCAGGCUCAACACGCCGCGAUAUGCCACCCUGCCUAACAUCAUGAAAGCCAAGAAGAAGAAAAUAGUCAACAUGAAGCCAGCCGACCUGGGCGUGGACCUGACUCCGCGGCUGGAGGUGCUGAGAGUGGACGAGCCCCCCCAGAGGCAGGCCGGGAUCAAAGUGGAGACCGUGGACGACCUGGUGGGCAAACUGAAGGAGACGGGCAGGAUAUAAAAAGAAGAGAAAGUGCUGAGAAACACCUUCCUGCUGCACAACAACAAUAAUAAAGGUCUUUUUCAUGGUUGCAGGUAGCUGGUAUGUAUCGUAAGCUGGCCAUCCACUCAGAGGACCUACUUUUGACUAUUUUGAUUAGAAUCUUGCAAAUGCAUAGCUGCCCAUGCGUGCACAUGGUUGUAAAUAUAUACAGGGACAAACCGAGUGGAAUGAUGACCGGGCGGGUACUGUGACGUGUGGAUCCAGGACGGUGUCUCAGUAUGCAAAAGAAAAAGUUAACCACAAGCGC